GAAGCCAAGAGCUAUAUUAAGCUUGCGCGCGGUUGUUUCGCAGCAAUGCAGAUGCUUCAACUACUCGGUUUGUUAGUGACAGCUGGUCUCCUCUCUCCUUGCAUGGCAGAGACCUUCCAUGUCACCCCAAUCCUCCCAGCCCCAGCUGACUGUCCUCAACCUUGUUACACCCUGGACCAGUAUGCUCAAAACCAGAGUUUAUUAUCUGGCUACAACAACAUCACUCUGAUAUUCCUGGAGGGAGUUCACAUUCUCAGCGACUACCUUACUGUUAACACUAGUUUUAUAAUUUUGCAGCCAGUACUUCCAAGCCAGGGACAACGCCCGAAGGUUAUUGGUCGUGCGGACACUGGUCAUCAAUGUGACAUGGAUAUUGGUUGGAAAAUCAUAGCAUCAGCAAAGGCAUUGAUCGAAGGACUUUUGUUUGAGAAUGUUUCACUACAGCUAUAUAGUGACGUACCUCCAGACCUGGAUGUUGACAGCUCAAUAACAAUCAAAAACUCAAUUAUAUCGAGUUCUGCUCAGACCAGUGCAGGAGUCCGUGUUCAAUCAGUACAAAAUUGUUUGAUUGAGGACAGUAUGAUAUUUAAGUUUGACACAUAUGCAUUAUUUUUUCGAAACAUACCAAAUGUGACGAUUGUCAAUUCCAGUAUAAGUCGUAUUAAUGGUAUCGGCAUUCUAUCAUGGGACUCCGGCAUAACAGUCCGAAACUCUCAGAUGGAUAGCAAUGAUUUUGGAGUUGUGCUAUAUUAUAAUGAAGACAUAGAAGAACACUUUAAUAUCAUGAUAGAUAACUGUUCUUUCACACGAAACAGAAUAUGCAUGUGGUUAGUGAAUGUCUGUCAACAAAACCCAACAAUAAUUUUCAAGGACUGUACAUUCAAUAACAAUAGCGGAACACCAAUCCUAGCCUCCAGAAGUAUCUUCCAGUUGUCAGGAGAGAAUGUGUUUUCUAACAACAUUGCAGUAAGAGGAGGUGGUCUGGCCUUGUAUCAAUCAGCAGUGUCAUUUGAUUCAGGAUCGACUACACGUUUUGAGAACAAUACAGCUUUGGAGUAUGGUGGAGGGAUCUACAUUGCUACAGAUUUAAUUGUCUCUCCACAGCUGCUAGUUCCUCUGGAGAAUGUAGGUUUAAAAUUUACCUUAAGUAAACAUUGCUUUUAUAACAAUAACCACACAAGUGGUGAUACUCCGAAUGUGGUGUUCUUUGGGAACAAUGCUGAUUUUGGUGGAAGGGACAUCUUCGGACUAACAGAAAUGUCAUAUGGCAAUGAUGAAUGUUCAGUUUCAGAGGAUAGUAUCUUUCAUUUUGAUAACUCAGUACCGAGUACUUCUCGACUUGCAUCAAACCCUUCUCGAGUGUGUUUCUGUCUACACAAUACACCACAGUGUCAAAACCGUGCAUACCUUGUAUUAAACGAGACGAGGUUUCCAGGGGAAAGCUUUGAGAUUUCUGUAGCUCUCGUGGGAUUUAACUUUAGCAGAGUAACAGGAUCUGUGUUUGCUACUGUACUGGAUAAGAAAGUUGGAAAUAUCAGUGAUGGUCAACAUAUAAAAUUUAUCAAUGACUACGAGCAAUGCACGACGCUAACCUACAAAGUAUUGUCUAAUCAAACAAGCAGGCCCCUUCAACUAGGGCUCUCUGUUGAAGAAUCAUUUGUUCAAGGCAAUCCUGACGAUAUAAUUAAAGAAAGUAUAAAAAACAUACAUUCUGAUGAAUGCAGCGAUACCUCAGUACCGUGUGCAGCUCUUCUCACUACGGUCAUCUUCAUUAACAUCACUGUUGAUAACUGUCCACUGGGAUUUCAGCUUAAUAAGACUUUAGAUAUGUGCGAAUGCGACGAAAGCAGUAAGCAGUUGAAGCUAACCUGUGAGAUUCAAAACCACACUGGCUACAUCACCAGAGAAGGAACUGUGUGGGUGGGAGUGGACACUGCCAAACAUGAAACAGGCCUAUACUACUGGCAUCAAUACUGUUCUAGUGACUACUGCACUAGGUCUGAAAUACCUGUUCACUUGACAUCCCCUGAUUCACAGUGCAGCUCCAACCGUGCUGGAAUACUGUGUGGGAGAUGUAAAGGCAACUACAGCCUGCAAUUAGGAGGUGAUCGAUGCAUACAAUGUCAUGACAAUAGUUCUGUUGCUCUGUUGAUUGUGUUCGCCAUCCUCGGGAUUUUAUUGGUUGUUAUGAUUACACUGUUCGACAUCACAGUUGCCAAUGGUACCAUAAAUGGACUCAUAUUCUACGCAAAUGUUGUGUGGAUUAACAAUGCUAUAUUGUUCCCACAGCGGAGCAUUGGCUACUACAUCAUCACUGUGCCUAUAGCUUGGAUUAAUCUGGACUUUGAUAUUGAGACUUGUUUCAGCCAAAAUUUGGAUCAACUAACUAAAAGUGGUUUACAGUUUGUGUUCCCAGUCUACAUCUGGUGCAUUGCUGGCCUCAUCAUUUUAGUUUCUCGGUAUUCCAUAAAAGCUACUCGAUUCUUUGGUAGAAAUUCUGUGUCUGUUUUGUCUACUCUGAUCCUGCUAUCGUAUGGGAAGCUGUUCAGGAUUAUCACAAAUGUGCUUACUCCAUCUGACAUUAGUGGCUCUGAUGGUUCUAUUCGCAGAGUUUGGUCCCUGGAUGGAAAUGUUGAAUAUGGAGUAACACCGGGACACAUUGUCUUAAUGGUGGUUGCACUACUCUUUAUGCUAUUGUUUUGGUUGCCAUUCACUUUGACUCUCCUUCUAGUACCCUUCCUAAAAGCCAAGUCAGACUACCGACCCCUUCGCUGGAUUAACACAUUCAUGCCGUUUUUUGAUACUUAUUACGGUCCUUUCAAAGACAAGCGACAGCAUCAAGUGUGGACGGGGAUUCUGCUCAUCUCCCGUGUAGUGAUAUUGAUUGUUUCCGCAUCAACCUCGACAUCCAAUCCGAAUGCUAACAUACUGGUAAUGACCAUUAUAGCUACACUCCUGCUAUUGUACACACUCAUUUUUGGCUAUCCCUACAAGCAAUGGUUUGCAUCAGUGCUGGAAGUAUUGUAUCUAAUUAACCUUAUCAUCUUAGGUGGAGCAUUCUUGUUUUAUCAAACCCAACCGGAAGGUGUCCGACAAAAGGACACCAUCAAUCCUGUGACUGCUACCUCAGUUUGUAUUGCUCUCCUGCAGUUUGCUUGCAUUAUAAUCUUCCACAUAGCCAAGACAGUCGGACCCAAGCUUCAGAGGCUCGCCAUGAAGAAGAGACAAGAAAUGGGCAACACAAGCGUACAAGAAGAGGAACUCAUACAAAGUGGAAGGUACAAAGUGACAACACAGGAAGUGACAUUGGACAAUGCAAAGCAGCAGCGUAAAUGCUAUAAUGCCACUGAUUAUAGAGAGCCACUUCUGGAUGAUGUGUAGCAAAACAUUUAACAUUGUAUGUAGAGAAGAAAUGAUUUACGUGUGCAUGUUAAUUAUAAUUUGAUUGUGCUGCAUAAUUUAACAUAAUGUAGAGAAAUUAAGAACUGAUUUAUGAGGUAUAAUAAUACAUAAUAAAUUAUAGUUUAUAAUUCUUGUCGAUGA